AGAUGUAGCUCACGUGACGGCCCAACACCUCGGCAGUAACGCGAUAAGCAACCGGAAAAAAGACCCGAUCCAACAAAUUUUGACUGCAGCUGCUGGACCUCGGUCUAUUGUUGUGGCAGAGGAUUAUCCGAUGAACAAUUAAGCUGUCAAAAAAAGGAUAUAAAAACGAUGAAGUUGGAGCUUCUUUUGCUUCUUAUCUUAUCGGGAUAAGUAUGUCAGCGGCAGUAAGUAGUAGACCACGCUCAGCAGUUGAGACUAGGUUUGGGGUUAGCAAGAUUGAAGAAUUAAGAUACAGGGGCAAUCAACCAUUAGAGAAGCCAGCAAAGACUUCUAGAGGAGUUUAUGGAGGGAAUUUAUGUGCACAAGCUAUAUUGGUUAGUUUAGAGACGGUUCCUGCUGGGUUCACUCCUCAUUCAUUGCAUUCGUAUUUUGUUAAAGCUGGGGAUGAUGCUACAUCUUGUGAGUACGAUGUUGAGAAAUUGAGUGACGGGAGAAAUUUUGCCAGUCGAUUGAUUAAGGUUAGUCAGGGUGGAGAGUUGAAGUAUAUUAUAAUGAUAAGUUUGACCAAACGAAAUUCGAGUAAUGAAAAGACUUUUGAAUUUCAGAAAAAAGUGCCUAAAACAUUUUAUCAGUAUAACUUGAAAGAUUUAUAUGAGAAUACCAAUGAUUCAAAUAAUCGAAUUCAUCAUAAAUUACCUCCAAACUAUCUUGAUCCUAAAAUAGACCAGGAAAACUUGUCUAAAAGCGCUGGGGAUCGCGAUUGUUCUUACUGGAUACGAUUUGACGAUGAACACAUGAAUAAAGAAUCAAAUUUAAAAUACAGUGGGUUUGGGGUUAUUAGUGAUUCAUUAUUCUUGACUUCAUUAUCAAGAAUUUUGAAUUUACCUUCCAAUAUUGCAAAAAUCGGUAAAAGCGGUGGUAAAGGAGAGCAUUUUUUCAGUGUUAGUUUAGAUCAUUCCAUCUACUUUCAUGAUGAUUCAUUUGAUCCAACUAAAUGGUGUUUUUUCAAUUAUAAAGCACCCAGAUUAAAUAAUAAUCGUGUAUUAAUCCAAGGUGAUUUCUACGAUGAACAAGGUAAGCUUUUCGCAAGCAUUGUUCAAGAAGGGUUGAUUUUCUUUCACGGGGGCUCUGAAUUAAAGGCCAAAUUAUAA